UGUAUACUCUUUGGUAUGGAAGCGAAAUCGAAACGUGUCCGUUCAUUUUUUAGUUACAUUUUUAAAAUAUUAAUUAGUUAUUAAAAAUUUUGUAAUUGCAAUGGCAGGAGUACCGACGGCUUCAAAGAUAAUUAUACUUUUAGGUUUCGUUUCUAGUUGUGUUCAUUCCACUCUAUUUGAAAGCGAUUCCUGCUAUUCGUUCGGCAGCGGCAAUGUUUUUCCCGGUGGUGCUCGAAAAAUUGAUCACAAAUUGCAAUUUACAAAAGCAAUGAUUUCAAAACCGGCUCCCGAGUGGGAGGCGACAGCAGUGGUGAACGGCGAGAUAACACAGCUUUCUUUAUCUAGUUUUAAGGGAAAAUAUCUAGUAUUCUUCUUUUAUCCAUUAGAUUUCACUUUUGUAUGUCCCACUGAAAUAUUGGCAUUCUCUGAAAGAGUAGAAGAAUUUAAGAAGAUCAACACUGAGGUUGUAGCAUGUUCUGUUGACUCACACUUCACUCAUCUAGCUUGGAUCAACACUCCACGAAAAGAGGGUGGACUCGGAAAAAUAAACAUACCCCUAUUAAGUGACCUCACUCAUUCUAUUGCUAAGGAUUAUGGAGUGUAUUUGGAGGACUUGGGCCAUACACUGAGAGGAUUAUUUAUUAUUGAUGAUAAAGGUAUUCUGAGACAAAUCACAAUGAACGACUUGCCAGUAGGCCGGUCUGUUGACGAGACUCUGAGACUGGUGCAAGCAUUCCAAUAUACUGACCAACACGGGGAAGUGUGUCCAGCGGGAUGGAAGCCAGGACAGGAUACUAUAAUCCCCAACCCAGCUGAAAAGAAGAAGUACUUCCAAAAAGUUGCAGAUUAAGACAUUUUUCGGUAUUGAUUUUUUAUACAAUUUUAAAAUUAAAUCCCUCUUGAAUAACAUUGUUACAAAGACAAAACAUGUAUAAAAUUCUGUGAAAUAGGAAUAUAAUUGAAACUAUUAAAGUCAUCAUUUUUCAGUUGAAAUCAUUAUUAUUGUCUAACAUAAUAUUAAUAGUUAAUUACAAGUAAAAAUUUUCCAUAAUCCUUUUGAUUAGUAUUAAAAACUUAAUCUAAGAUUACAUGACAAUUUUAUUGUAUUGAUAAAAAAUGUUUUAUAAAUCAAUUUACAAUUUUAUAUCUAUAAGUAUGGUAUGAUAAAAAUAAAAAAUCAAUUAAUUAGGUUAAUAGAAACUAUGUCACAUCAUCACAAUUUUAAUAUAGUGAUUAAUUUUUAAACUAACAUGUCCUUAUACAUUUUGAAAUCAAAUUUAUGGUGUGCAGUUAAUUCAAAGUUUUGAUAUUCACGUGUUUUUUGUAACACUAGACUAUUAACAACAUAAUUACAUUUACAUAGAGAUUGUUUCAUGUUGUGUUAUAUAUACUUACAAAACCUAAGUAUGUAUUUGCUAUGGAAUUUUUGAUUUAAGUUUUAUAUAAAUUUUAUUCAUUGAGUUCAUAAAUAAUGUACACAAAAGAACUUGGAAUAAUUAAGAAAUACAUGAAAUUAAAUACUGCAUGAUUUUAAAUUUUUUGUAACUGAUGCUUGAUUUUUAAUUUGUAAUAAAUGUUCAGUAAUGAGAAGACUGAUGAAAAACAUUACAUUCUUGGCCAUCACAAUAAAUAUGGAGAGCAAUAAAUUUAUUUUCAUAUAAA